AUGAGUGGGAAGCUGAGGGCACUUGGAACCCCUCUCGACUGGCCAGAGGCCAAGAAGAGUGCUGGAAAGGUCCGCGAGUGGGGUAUCAAGCAACUCUUGGAGAUAUGGAACAAGGCAAAGAGCAAAGAGCGUGAUGCCUUGCUCUGGGGAGAUGAGGUCGAGUAUCUGGUCGUGACCUACUCAGAGGAUGAGCCAAAGGUCCGUCUGUCUCUCAGACAAGCCGAGAUUCUCACAGCACUCGCCGAGAGCCCCGAUCUCGCCAAGGAGGGCGGCUGCGUGCCAGAGCUCCAGGAAGUCGCAAGAGAGCAGUCAUCAGUCACCCUUCCCGUCUUCCACCCGGAAUUCGGCCGCUUCAUGCUCGAGGCCACCCCCGGGAAACCCUGGGGUAUCGGCUUCAAGGAGCUCCUCGACGUCGAGCCCGACAUGAAGCUCCGCCGCAAGAUCGCAAAGGACCACAUGCAUUCCAACGAGUACCCCAUCACCCUCACAACCUUCCCCCGCAUCGGCUGCCCCGGCGACUUCACAGAGCCCUACUACCCGCCCUCGGGCCCCAAACUGCGCUCCCAGUUCGUCCCCGACGAGAUCGCCAACCCGCACAUCCGCUUCCCCACCCUCGCCGCCAACAUCCGCUGGCGCCGCGGCCGCAAAGUUCAGGUCAACGUCCCCGUCUUCCACGACGUGAACACGCCCAAGCCCUGGAGGGACCCCACCGUCAACCGCGACCUGCACAACUGGCCCGAGGACGACGACGUCCGCAACGGCGCCGCGCCCGACAACUUUAUCCACAUGGACGCGAUGGCGUUCGGCAUGGGCAGCUGCUGUCUGCAAAUCACCUUCCAGGCCAAGAACAUCACCGAGGGCCGCAAGAUGUACGACCAGCUCAGCCCGCUGGGCCCCAUCAUGCUCGCCUUGACGGCUGCCACGCCCGUGUAUAAGGGGUUCCUGGCCAACACCGACGUGAGAUGGAAUCAGAUCAGCCGAGCCGUGGACUGCAGAACCCCAGAAGAACUCGGAGAAAAGCCCCUGAAAAACGACCGCUGGCGCAUUCCCAAAUCCCGCUACGCCUCAAACUCGACCUACAUCUCCACCGACCCGCGCCUCCGCCAGGAGUACCUCGACCCGAACCUCGUCAUCGACGAGGACAUCAAAGCCAAGCUCAUGGACGGCGGCAUGGACGACCGCCUCGCGACGCACUUUGCCCACCUCUUCAUCCGCGACCCCAUUGUCGUCUUCGAAGAGGACCUCCAGGAGCUCGACCUCGCCAAGACGGACCACUUUGAGAACCUCCAGUCCACAAACUGGCAGCACAUGCGCUUCAAGCCCCCGCCCGCCGACAACAGCAUCGGCUGGCGCGUCGAGUUCCGCCCCAUGGAGAUCCAGCUCACCGACUUUGAAAACGCCGCCUUCUCCGUCUUCAUGGUCCUCGUCACCCGCGCCAUCCUCUCCUUUGACCUCAACUUUUACAUACCCAUCACCAAAGUCGACGAGAACAUGGAGCGCGCCCACACCGUCGACGCCGUCCUGAAAGAAUCCUUCUUUUUCCGCAAAAACCCCUUCCCCAGCCGCCAGGUCCGCGUCAACCCCAACCUCAACCAGGGCCAGGGCCAGGGCGGCGACGACUCGAGACCCGGCUCGCGGCCCGGCUCAGCAGUCCCAAGCCGUCCCCCUACGCCCGUCGGCCCCGUCGAGGACGAAUACACCGAGAUGACAGUCAACGACAUCAUCAACGGCAGCUCAGACGGCGAAUUCCCCGGCCUCAUUCCCCUCGUGGAGAGCUACCUCGACAGCGUCAACGUCGACGUCCAGACCCGCUGCGAGCUGGACACGUACCUGCGCCUCAUCAGCCAACGCGCCAGCGGCAAGCUGGACACGGCGGCCCGCUGGCUGCGCAACCUCAUCGACGUUCACCCGGGCUACAAGCACGACAGCGUCGUGGGCGAGGACGUGCAAAAGGACAUCAUCGCGGCCGUCAUCGCCAUUGGCGAGCGGGAGACGGCUGGCACGGGCUUCACCGGGCUGGACAUUCACGGCCUCCCGAAGCUGCUCGGAAGCUUCCGCCGAGGCUGCGGUGAACCGGAAGUUUCGCCUCGGAAGAGGAAACAUUCUGAGCAGGCUUAA